AUGCCUACCAGUGAGGAAAUUGCCGCGGCUCUUGCGGAAUCUUCGAUGGUGGUACUCAACGACGCUACGGGUGGUUGUUCUUUGGGGGAAGAAGAAGGCGGUUCUCCAGCAGUGGAUGAGAAUCCGGAAAUUGGUGAAGAGGACGGGACGGUUCACGAUGCUCCACCGCCAACAAAGGAACACAACGCAUGGUCCCGCUCUGGUUCCCCUCCUGUAGUUGCUGGUGCUGUGAACGCUGGCCUGGAUGGUAGAAAUGCAAUCGGCACGGGCACCAAAGAUGGCCAAGAAUACGUUGCGAAGGUCGACGGCGAUUCUAGUCGUGUCGUCCUCAAGGCUUCUGGCCCAAUCGCGAAUAAUGUCACGCACGGAGCGGACUUGAACAACCAAGAUAGUGGUUUUUCCAUACCAGGAGCGAGUUACAGCCAUUUUAAAGAUGAGACCGAAAAUUGCGUCCCUCUCCAGGAGCGGCCCGCAAGGGACAAAAUCAAGCCGUCUAGUAGGAGCUCCCCCGGAACCGGAGCUGUUGAUCAUAAUCAAAGUAGAGAACCAGCAGUGUUAGGACAAGCUGCUCUUCCGCAAGUACAAGAACGCGGCGGUUCGCAACAAGGAGAAAAACUAGACAACCUACUUCCAGGAGUCGUGCCGAAAAACAAAGACAAGCUUUCAACAGUAACAGAAGUGCAUGAUGUACGAAUAAAUCCCUCGUCGCAGUCCCAAGACCGAAGUAAAAUCACAGCUGCCACGACUUCCAGCGCUUCAUCGAGCACGGCAAUCGGUAGAUCUCUUGUUGGACCCGCCCCUGCCGCUCCUCUCGUGAAGACAAUUCCACAGCGAAUAGGGCACUCGGAUUACUUCGAUGAUCUCGAGUCUGAUGAGGACGACCUUGCUUUCCGUGCGGCGGCAGAUAAAGAGGCGCAGAAGAAUCAUGAACUGCAAGAAGAAGCUGCUUCACGAGGACACGUUGAGGAGAAUCUAAGGCUUCACGUCGGCAAUUCAGGUUCUUCUUCAAGCUCGAGCUCAAGGAAUGUCCUCGGUGAAGAAUCGAAAACUCACUCCGAGCUAGGGCCGUACAAAAGAGCUACAACUAGCGAGGAAAACAGGCGAGAAGACGAGGCUGCACAACACAUUUCCGCCGAAAAGCACAGCAAUUCGGUCAGCAACGUUUUGAACAUGCUACUGACAUCGACAACUUGCGCAGAAGCUCCUGCACCACAGCAAGACGAGUGCAGCUUACUUUUGCGUAGUUCUUCCGCACCUCCGAAGCCACCGGUG